AUGGAUACCCUCGACAAAGACUUGAAAUGGCCGUGCCUUACUUAUGGCCCAGUUGUUCGUGUUGCUGGUCCUGAAAUUAAGGAGAUGGAAGACCGAGCUGUGGUAGCAUUUGAGAACAGGAAUGAUGCACAAAAGGCAAUUGACAGUCUUAAUGGUUCCACUUUCAAGGGUCGUGUUAUCACGGUCGAGUGGUGUUCUGCUCCGGGCCUCCAGAAAAAUUCAUGCAGGCAUUGUUCCAAGACUGACUCGAAUUUGAUUGCUUAUAAGACGAUGGGCAAGUAUGUCCAAAACGCUAUCCGUGUUAGAAACUGCGCAGGAAAGACGGACAGGUCGGAAAUAGAGGGGCUAUGCGGUACUAUUGGGCCAGUCUUUUGUGUCUUUGAGCCUGGAUUGUAUUAUGAGGGCAAGGGACAUCUAGGUUUGCUGGUGGCCUUUGAGAACAAGGAAGAUGCAGUGAAGGCAGUUGACACGCUCAACGGUUCCCUUUUUAAGGGUCGCAUUCUCAAAGUUGAGUGGCCUUCUACGAUAUAUCAAGGGUUGGGAUAG